UCGAGCGAGGCGAUAACUACACGGUGCAUGGCGAAGAUGCAACGCUGGCAGCCAAGGACCUUUUCCGGACGCGGGAAGUUAUUAAAAUGCUGGGAACAGGAACCCAGAAACUUGAAAGCGUUUCGCUUAGCAAGAUGAACUUUGAGUCUUUUUUGAGGAAUCUACUUCUAGUUCGUCAAUACAGGGUAGAAGUGUACAAGAACAAAGCAGGAAGUAAAUCCACUAAGGAGAAUGAGUGGCACUUGGCAUACAAGGGUUCUCCAGGAAACCUUACCCAGUUUGAGGAUAUUCUGUUUGGUAACCAUGACAUGUCAUCUUCUGUUGGUGUUCUGGGUAUUAAGCUCUUCUCAGUUGAUGGGCAAAAAGUUGUUGGAGUUGGGUUUGUAGAUCCUUUCGAGAGGAAACUGGAAGUGUGUGAGUUCCCUGAUAAUGAUCAGUUUUCAAACCUUGAAGCUCUGCUGGUUCAGAUUGGACCCAAAGAAUGUGUUCUCCCUGUUGGAGAGACUGCUGGAGAUAUGGGGAAACUGAGACAGGUUGUUCAAAGAGGAGGGAUUCUGAUCACAGAUAGGAAAAGGAGUGAAUUUUCAACAAAGGAUACUGUGCAAGAUCUCAAUCGCUUGCUGAGGUCAAAAAAGAAACAGCAGAUAUCCAGUUCAGCGUUACCAGAGAUGGACAAACAGGUUGCCAUCUCUUCUUUGUCUGCAGUGAUCAGAUAUUUAGAACUUUUAAAUGAUGAGUCUAAUUUUGGCCAAUUUGAACUCGGCACCUUUGACCUCAGUCAGUACAUGACGCUGGAUCAUGCUGCUGUCAGAGCUCUUAAUCUUUUCCAGAGUUCUUCAGAAAAUGCCCAUGGCACACAGUCUCUGAUAGGACUGUUAAAUAAGUGCAAAACACCUCAAGGACAGAGGCUUGUGAACCAGUGGAUCAAACAGCCUCUGAUGGACAAGAACAGAAUAGAGGAAAGGCUAAAUUUGGUGGAGGCCUUUGUAGAUGAUGCGGAACUACGUCAGUCUCUUCAAGAGGACCACCUUCGUCGCUUCCCAGACUUCAAUCGGCUGGCAAAAAAAUUUCUAAGGAAAUCUGCCACUCUGCAGGACUGUUACAAGAUAUACCAGGCUGUUAAUCUGAUUCCAAAUGUGGUGAAGGCACUGGAGAAAUAUGAAGGCAAACAUGAUAAGCUAUUGCAAGCAGUAUUCAUAUCUCCGCUUAAUGAGUUAUUCUCCGAUUUCUUCAAGUUUCAAGAGAUGAUCAAAACAACUUUGGACAUGGAUAAGGUGGAAAACCAUGAAUACCUUGUGAAACCUUCCUUUGAAUCCAGUCUGGCUGAACUGAGCGAGAAGAUGAAUGAGCUAGAGGAAAAAAUGCAGGAGGCGCUGAAGACAGCAGCCAGGGAACUAUGCUUGGAACCCGGGAAGAGCAUCAAAUUGGAAUGCAAUGCACAAUUCGGGCAUCAUUUUCGAAUUACCUACAGGGAGGAGAAAGUGCUGAGGAACAAUCUGAAAUACAAAGUCUUGGAUACCCAGAAGAAUGGGGUGAAGUUCUCCAAUGGUGCAUUGAAAGAGCGCAAAGACGAAUACUCAAAAUGCAGAGAAGAAUAUGAAGAAGCUCAGGGUGUCGUUGUGAAAGAAAUCAUAAGCAUUGCAUCAGGAUACAAGGACCCCAUACAGUUUCUGAGUGAAGUCAUUGCCCAGCUGGAUGCAGUUGUCAGUUUUGCUCAUGCAUCAAACACGGCGCCUGUGCCCUACGUACGCCCAGAGAUUCUGGAAAUGGGAAAAGGGAGGAUUGUGCUGCAAGGUUCAAGACACCCCUGUAUUGAAGUUCAAGAUGAUGUUGACUUCAUUCCAAAUGACGUGACCUUUGAGAAGGGCAAGCAGAUGUUCCACAUCAUUACUGGACCAAACAUGGGAGGGAAAUCGACCUACAUUCGCCAGACUGGUGUGAUAGUUCUUAUGGCUCAAAUUGGGUGUUUUGUGCCCUGCGACUUUGCAGAGGUGUCUGUUGUUGAUAGUAUACUGGCUCGAGUAGGAGCUGGGGACAGUCAGUUGAAAGGAGUGUCUACCUUCAUGGCAGAAAUGCUGGAAACAUCUUCCAUCCUUAGGUCUGCUACAGAAAACUCAUUGAUAAUCAUUGAUGAGCUGGGAAGAGGAACAUCGACAUACGAUGGCUUUGGGUUGGCGUGGGCUAUCUCAGAGUAUAUUGCCACCAAAAUUGGAGCUUUCUGUAUGUUUGCGACUCAUUUCCAUGAGUUGACAGCUCUGGCUGACCAGGUUCCCUCUGUGAAUAAUUUGCAUGUCACAGCGCUGACCACUGAGGACACUCUGACAAUGUUGUACCGUGUGAAAAAAGGGGGUUGUGACCAGAGUUUUGGAAUCCACAUAGCAGAGCUUGCUGCCUUUCCAAAACAUGUGAUAGAGAGCGCAAAGGCAAAAGCUCUGGAAUUAGAGGAGUUCCAGCAUAUUGGAAAGCCCCAGGAGGAGGAUGAAGAACCAGCAGCCAAGAGAUGCUACAGAGAAAAGCAGGAAGGUGAAAAAAUAAUCCAGGAUUUUCUUUCAAAAGUGAAUGCAAUUCCACUGAAAGAUAUGUCAGAAGAACACAUCAGAGUCAAGCUGAAGCAGCUCAAAGAUGAAGCCUUGGCAAAGAACAACAGCUUUGUGAAUGAAAUUAUUUCCCAAGCUAAAGUUAGUUCGUGAGAUAAGAGAGCUGUACAAGAUGACAUUGAACUUGUGCU